CUGACGGCAUAUGCUACAGCAUACGAGCUCGUCUCAACGAGCCCACCGGUCCCGCGAGACCAUGGACUCCUCCUCAAUACCGCUGUCCCAAGUGUAAGGUCUCACGCAGCCCACCAGGCGUACUGCGGUGCUAAAUGCCAACCACAUAACUGCCCUAGAUACGUGCACAAUUGUCUGCACCUCCUAGGCAUCGGUAAGCAUUCAACAUGUGCGACAUUCAGCAAUUGACUUCGAUAACCUUAGUUAUACUGUACUAUGACCACGCAAUCACAUUCGAUGACGAAUAUUGGCUUGUGUGGCGAACUCCAAAUAGUGGUGCCUCCGUUUUCUUCCUCGUCAAUCGCUACUUCUCGUUCUUUUCGAACAUUACUAUAACUGCGGGCAACUUCUCUUCGUUCAAAUCCGUUCAGAGUUGCGCGCAUUAUACAUUCUACCGACAGUUGAGCCUAAUCGCCACACAAAUCAUUGUUGCGGUUAUACAAUUCCUGAGGACGUAUGCUCUCUACGGACGCGACCGCCGAUUCGCCGUCGUUGUAGUGUCCGUGGCAACUGUCCUCGCAGCGCUCUCGAUUUGGGCUGUCAUAGACGAGAAAUCCACAUACACGGUUGCGCAAGGAUGUCAUGCAGCGUCUUCUCGGAUAUCAGCAAUACAUCUCGCCGUCGCAUGGGAAGCUUUGUUCGUCUGGGAUAUGAUAAUCUUUUUCUUGACUUUCUUCAAGUCUGUCAAAAAUCGUGAUCAGUACGGAGGUAGAAGUGGCAGCCUCGCCAGUUUGAUAUUUCGCGACGGGGCGAUAUAUUUUGGGUGCGUAUUCGUUCCUGGGUGGUCUCAAGCGCAAUUCCUCAGAAACUCCAGAGUGAUGGCGUGCGCUCAGUGCUCGAAUACGUUGACUUUCUAUGUAUGUACCCUAACACCCUACACAAGCAUGAUCUUAUCCCGCCUUUUCAGCUCU